CGGAUGGAACAAUCGAGGCAAUUUGUGGUGAAGCGUAAUAAGUGAAGGCUAGCCGAAUAACAAAACAACAAUAUUCGUUUUGGCGUAUAUCUAGGGCGUUUUUUCAGCUGUUAAAUACUAUCUUAUUUCUUCCUUCGUACGAUGUUUACAGAACGAACUUUCUUUCUGUUGCUCUUGGGUUUACUUUAUCUAAACACAAACGGAUAUUCACAGUUGAUUGGAGAAGAAAAGAAAUAUGUUUUUCUUGAACAAGCCGUAUUAGAGCGAGUGAGGCCUGCCGUACUAGAAAUGAUGGAGGAUCUAGAAACAAGAGUAGGACGUCUGGAAGAGGAAAACAAGCGGAUCUUAUCGGAACUAAACUUAAUGAGAGCUGUAAAUCCUGCACCAGAGAUGACGAAUGGCUGCCCCACCUCAGACUACUGCAUGAUCAAAGGACUCAUAUGUCCCAGCUUUUACAUGGAUCCAGCAACACUGCAUACGAUACGUUACCUGUCACAGGACAACCUUACACUGUUCAACGGAGGUCAGGGUAGCACAGGGUUACUAAAAGGAACUAAUAGAAACCGGUCCUAUGAGGGAGUACAAGGAUCCCGAGUUAUUACAAACACACAAAUAAUAUACUUCGAGACGGAAAUCUACUACAGAAUCAAACGAGAUUUAAGCUCAACUAAUCUGGUUUUCGAGGUUGCAUUUGCAACAGAAACAGCGAUUGGUAAAAGUCACUAUGUCGGUAGACAAAUGGAGGCGUGGUCAGUUAAUGCUCAUAAUAAUGGAAGUACGAAAGGUGUCGCUCUCUUCUUCAAAAGUAAUAGAGGUUCAAUACUUCACAGCGAGAGGCUAAGUGACGCCACUUCCGGCGCUGAGAGAAAUUUGAUACUUAGGUUUAUCAUUAACAGAGUGGACCGGACCAUUGAUGUGUUUUAUAUUAACACGAUCAAGAAGGUGUUCACCUUUAGAGACGUGGACGGUGAUCAGGAUCUGUGGCCCGUGUUUGGUGUUUAUCAAGCGAACAAAAUAAAUGGGCGCAUUCGACUGAACAGUCGACGGGAUAUAACUAGUUUUCAUUGUGACCGUUCUAGGUGAUGAUCGAAUUUUAUCUCCCUCAAAUCCUUUAAUAUUUAUUAUGUUAUGAAUAUUCAGAAAUAAAAUUGCUGGUGAUUGAA